AUGUCGUCCUCGUCAACAGCCGCUAUCCCUGCUUAUCGACCUAGCACCUCUACACCUCCUUCAGGUAAGAGGAAGGCUUCCAAGCCUGCCGCGUCAAGAUCCUCGCAAGAUCCCUUUUACGGACAUGAAGAAACAGCGGUGAUGUCUGCUCGAUUCAUUACUCAUCUAUUCCAAUGUCCCAACAUCCCUACAGCCACUGCUCCUGGCGCACCGACGCCAACCCUUGCCCAUUUCGUUGCAUACGCUCUGCAUCGCACUCGACUCCCCUCUGUCGUCACUUUUGCCGCAUUGAUGCUGCUUCAGCGACUCAAGCAACGAUAUCCAGCUGCUCGAGGAUCAUCUGGUCACCGAUUGUUCAUUUCUGCAUUCAUGAUUGCCUCCAAGGUUAUUUGCGAUGACACUUAUUCAAACCAAUCUUGGAGCAUAGUUGCUCAAAAGAUGUUCGCGUUGAAGGAAAUCAAUCAAAUGGAAAGGGAGAUGUGUGGAUACUUGGAAUGGAAUCUCAACGUCGAAGGUGACGAGAUCACAGAAUUCGAGGACAAGAUCAGAUCUGAACACGGACCUCGAGCAGUGGCUAGAGCAUCGUCCUCAUCGUCCUCUUCUUCCGAAUCAUCCUCCGUUAUCGUUCAACCCUCUUCUUCAUCAGUGACCCGAUCAUACCCUACACCUGAUACCACACCAGAUCCUCAACCAUCAGCGAGACCCAUUAGAGCUGUUCCAUCACCAUUCAAAUCUCGAUCAACAUACCCACCCACAAUGGCUGUGGCAUCUGCUUUUCCUUCCCCACCAAUAUCGCCAAUUACACAUCACUCAUCACCACAACCACCACACUUUGCAUCUUCAGCGAACUCCUCCCUCCAAUCAUCACCUGCAUCGGAUGACUGUAAAACACCGUCGCCAGUCUCAUUAACAGGACAUUCUCACAAAUCAUCAACGAGACAUCCUGCAAAGGGAUUCGACAUGACGAGAGCUUAUGAACAAAGGUCAAGAUCCCAAGCCGAACAAUUACACCAUACAGGUGAUCCUAUACACGUCGGUGCAGGAUGGUAG